AUGGCUAGACUAGUUCGUUCUGACACGUACACAAGUACCCCUUUACAGCCACUGCAAAUGGACUCAAAAACGAAACUUCAAACUGUUGUUAUCAUUGGUGGAGGUGUGGGCGGUUGUUGUACUGCACUCGAAUUGGCCCGAACUGGGAAAUUUAACAUUCACUUGCUGGAAAAGAAUCCAGAAUUGAUGAGAGAAACUAGUGAUGCCACCCCUGGCCGUCUUGGCUUAGGAUUCCAUUAUGCUGACAAGAAUACAGCUCUAUAUUAUCUCCAUGUCACUUUAGACUUCAUCAAACGUUAUGGACGAUUUCGACAAGAGAUCGGCCGACAACAAUCUCACCCACUUCGUCGAGGCAGGUAUUUCAUUAUGAAAGACUCGACGGUGCCUUACAGAGAUAUUCUUGAAACAUUUGAGGCGAUCAAAGAAGAAUACUCAAAGAUGGUAAAGGAAGACCCGGGUUACGAAGUUGUUGGCCCACCGGAAAACAUUUUUCGGAUUCUAGAGCCUCAUGAAUUUGAAGCAGACGUGGAAAUUGGAAAGGUACACAUGGGUAUCGAGACAGCAGAGGAGUUUCUGGACUGGCCAAGCAUGAGAGAGUAUAUUGUGCAACAACUAGAGCAACACAAAGACACCGUUAGAGUUCGCAGAUACACAAAAGCUCUCAGCAUAACAGCUUGUGAUUAUGGAGGGUAUGUGGUAGAUUCAGUGAACGUAUUUCAAGGCAAUAUGGUUAGAGUCUCCACUGAUAUCAUCGUGAAUGCGUCAUGGUAUAACAUUUCUAAAUUCAACAAGAUGCUUGGAGUCACUAAUGCGAAGUAAGUAACUCUGCUUCUCUAAUCGCCCAGCUUGAUACUAGUAGAGCGUUCUCGCGCGCGAAGCCCCAUAGAGAAUGGUAACCUGUCGAUGCCAGAAAAUGUCCUCGGCGUACGCCCGUCCGGCCUUCCGCCUUUACACUCUCAGGGGUAGAAACCUCAGUAGGGUAGGGAAGGGAGUCGCAAACAUGUACGUUUCGUUUCGUUUUUGGAGCAAAAUUAACCAUUUUAGGGGCAACCAAUUUCACCAAUUCAAGAGUAAAAAUCUAGAUCAAAAUUCCUUUCCUUCGACUUACGACAGAAUAAUCGGGAAUAUAUUUCUAAAGCUUUGCGUUUUGCUUGGUCAUGCUUUUUUGGUCACACCCCAGGAACAACUCAGACAAUUAACAAUCGGUAACAACCAGAACUUGGGCACCAUCGUGGGUAACCGAGCUGGGGCGGUUAUUUGCAUUCGUUGAGUCCUGUGGAAUUAGAGUCCGCUUCCUGUGUUACUUCUAUUUGCCUGUAACUGAUAUCGGGCCAAAAAGAAUGGUUGUAUGAUCAAUAAAUGACAAUUUUGUGCUGCAAAACUGGCCAAACGUGCAAAUUUUAAUAAAAGUGCUUUUUUGGGAAAGUAGUUGAAAAUUGUGCUCGUAAUGACGAAUUAUACCAAAGCCUAAACUGGACGCAGCCAUGCAAAGAGAGAUUCGUAACUGACAACCAGCCUUUAUAAAACAUUUAUUUCAUGGACUAUUAACUAUGGGUAAAAAUUCUUUCUAAGACUAUUACUGUGAUCGAACUUGGUUUAUAAUUUUUUCUUUUUGUUUUAAAACCAGUAAAGUAUAAAUUUGUGGAUUUCUUUGCAUAGGCUGAAGCUUAUUCGUUUAAUUUUUUGGUUUUAAGUAAUUAAAAGUAUAGAAAUGCACUCUUCGAUUUCUAGGCUUGGCUAAAUCUAUAUAUUGAUAAUUUUAGUGUCUGCUUUAUGUUUUGAGGAAUCUUGUACUUGACUGUCUUAUUUCGGGCGACUGUAAAGUUUACACUGGAGAGUAGUGAGUUGGAUUAGUGGGUGACAGCUUACGUCAGUCUGGGGAUUUUUGUCCAGAGCUUUGGACGCCGUUUAGUCUGCAAUAAAGGCGCUCUAUGAACCAAGCCACGUGAAUUAACGCGUUAUUUCGCGCUCCUGUUGUUUGCGCAUUAUCGUUUCAUCACUCCGAGAUCCUUGAUAGCUCGCGUGCUACAAUGCUGCAAUUCGUCCUCUGUUUGUGUGGUUUGCUCACUCUUGGGUAAGUUUUGAACAGCCCUCCCCACCUGACAGUGUAAAGGGCCUUUUCUGAUUUGUCCCAAGCCUCUGUUUCAAAGCGACGCUAAGUGCAAAGCUAUUAAUUUAAAAUAAAAGUAAUAAUAUAAAAUAAUACUCUAGCAACUGGUGGUUGCCCGGAGCCAACGAAAACCAGAUUUACACCUUUUUCUGCGAGUAUUGGCAAUAAUAAUAAUAAUAAUAAUAAUAAUAAUAAUAAUAAUAAUUGUAAUAAUAAAAUAAUUAUUCUCAAGUAAAUGUAACGUAUAGUCUAACCUCUACUUCCUGACCUCUACCCCCAACCUCGUCCCCAGGGCGCUUUACUAAGGCCACGGAAAAGCACCCUAGAGACGAGGUUGCUCCACCCCUCCCCUCUCCCCACCCUCAGUUUUGCCUCCUAAGACUCUCGUUAAAAACCAACUACUAAAAGAGUUUGAUCGCUUAAUGAAGAUUAGCAUUGCUCUCUUUAUAAUAUUGUCAUUUUUAGGAGAAGAUUCAAUCGAAUCAAGGCAUUAGUUAUAGUGCGUCUAUCUGAAGAGCUUGCCAACCUGCCAUCGAUGUUCUUCUGCAUGGGUCCGUACGGUAUGUUUUGCAACAAAGGUGAUGGAACUGGAAUGAUGACGUACGCUCGAGAGACAAACAUUGCAAUGACAAGUUCAUCUGGCGAACUGGAACCAGCAUUCCUCCGAAUGUAUUUCAAUCUUUCGGACAGAGAUAAACAUAUCAGAGGCCAGCGCAUCGUGGCAGGUGUUUCAAAGUUUAUCCCAGCGUUGAGGAACUCCAAGGUGCUGAAAGUGAAUAUCGGAAUUGUCCAAAAUUUCAUCAAUGAAGACGCAAGUGAAUACGGCUUCCAAAUUGGUAACCUUGGCUUUCUUCACGAUCCUACCAAGGGAGGGAUUCACAAAAGAAAUUAUAGUGGCGUGGAAGAGCCGAUGCCUGGAUAUAUAAUCAACGCAUGCAUGAAGCUUAUCUAUUGUUUUGACAACGCAAAACUUGUCAAAGACAUUAUAACAAGAAAAACUGGUUAA